AUGAAGAUAAAAUACCCUGGUCUGCGUAGAGCCAUGGAGUCUCCGGGCAGCCGCGGAAGGGCCAGCCCAUCCUCGCUUCGGGCCUUUUGGCAGCGAGGAUGGCCACGGGCCUCUGCUGUGGCCAUGGCCCUCAUGGCUGGGACCUGCUUCCAGGCCCGUGCAUGGUGGAGACGACCUAGCAAUAUGACCAUCAGAGAGGUGACCAGCAAGGCCAUGAGCUCCCGCCAUGCCUUUGCAGUUGGGCAACCAAAAGGCAUCUCCAUGGCAGGGAAGACCUUUAACACCAUGGCGAGGACUGGUCCGGGAUUGCGCGCGUUUGGACCAAUGUAUGCUGUCGAAGCUCCGUCGACGCCGGAUGCAGCUGUUAUCUGGCUCCACGGUCUGGGUGACACUGGAGAGGGAUGGUCAGACGUUGGACCACAGUUGCAACAGCAGCUGCGCUCGGUGCGUUUCCUGUUUCCCACGGCUCCAACACAGCCGGUGACGGUGAACAUGGGCAUGUCGAUGCCCAGCUGGUUUGACAUCAACAGCCUCGAUCCACAGCUCUUCCGACGAAACCCACCGGGCCUUGCGGAAAGCGCGGACUACGUCCGGCAGCUCAUCAAGGAGCAAAUUGAUGACGGGAUAGAGCCAGGGCGCAUCAUCUUAGCUGGCUUCUCUCAGGGAGGUGCUGUGGUUCUGGAGGCAGCUUUGGGCACCACAGACUUCGCCGUGGGUGGCAUACUUGUGCUGAGUUCCUUCCUCGGGACGGAGCUACCAGUGCAGCUGCCCAGCCCGCUGCCCGCGAUCCACUUCUUCCAUGGCCAGGCAGACCAAGUGGUUCCCAUCUCCUGGGGCGAGCGGAGCCUCGCAGAGCUGAAGGCCAACGAUAUCCACGCGAGCUUCAAGGCUUAUCCUGGCAUGCAGCACUCAGCCUGCGCGGAGGAGCUUCAAGACAUUGCCGCGGCCCUCACGGCUGUGUUGGUGCUGGCCAUGCUCGAGGCCAUAGACUGCAAUCGAUUGGUAAACGCCCAGUCGCUAACACAGCUGUUCCGCUGGGAGGCGGUUAGACCAACAGGGUCACUGCUGCUGAGGGAGCAGGACAGCUUCGCUGGCAGUUUCCAAGAGCCUCGCCCGAAGGAGCGGACAACCCUGGUUGCCACGCCUGGGCAGAAGCCACGGGAAGAGUCACGAGGUCCCGAAUCCACUGCCUACGUCUCUUCAUCGCCUCGCAUUCGUUGGGGCUCAACGGACAUCGUGGUCACAACACCGCUCAAGUUCUGUGAGGAACUGGCGCAUUUCAAGGAGGACGGUCUCUACCCAGCCUGUGUUGUGAUGGACGAGGCCGAUGCCCUCUUCCAAGGUUUCACGCGUGUGUAUCUUUUUGAGAUCUUUGGGGCCCUGAGACCUCGCCCGAAGAUUCGACAAGCAGACGAGGAGAGGCAGCGGCUUCCAGACAUGAUUCCGACGCAGCGCAGGGCUCAGAUUCAAUGCCUCCCCCAUAGACAACCCCGCAGUGCAGACUAUCGCUUGCACAUGGCUUGUAUUGGACCUCUGAGCUUUGGCCGACUGCUCUCAGAUGACGUUGAUGCGAACUUGAGCACGGUCCCGCAGGCAUAUCGCACUCAAGUCUCCAAUGGUCCCAGUGUGAGGGCCCAUGAAUUGUGUGCCAUGCAGCAGCCAACAGAUGACGGCGAUGCACAGCAGGGUGAGCUUCCGACAGUGCGGACUGCCGCCCGUGAGCUUGGACUUCUCUUGGCUUCCGUAGUUCUGCUGUCCUUUGACGAGCUGAACCCAGUGAAGGUGUUAUGCAGCUACACAAGCUGGUUCAUGGGCUUCUCCGAGGUUCACCUGGGAGUUUUCGCCAGUCUGUUAUUGCUUGCGCUGGGCAUCAACCAGCGCGACCAUAUUCUAUACAACUGCGCGAGGAUCUUUUUCAGGUGCACGUUUAACAACAUAUUCUUCCGAUCCGUGGAGAUCGUGGGCAUGGAAAAUCUGCCCAAGGAAGGUCCUGUCAUCAUCACCGGAAAUCACAACAACCAGUUUGUUGAUGGCUUGAUGCUGUUGACAAACUGCCCGCGUGAGAUUUCCUUCAUGAUUGCGCAGAAAUCCUACGAUCGACCAUUCGUCGGAUUUCUGGCGCGUGCGUUUCAUUGCAUCCCAGUCGCACGGCCGCAGGAUAUGGCCUAUACAGGACAAGGGACAAUAAAGUUGGAACAGGGCUCGGCGAAAGUGCAAGGCAUCGACACCCACUUCAAUGUAGAGGUGCCUCCCGGAAGCCAGAUCAAUGUUCAAGGGCAUGAGAAAUUGCUCAAGGUGAAAGAGGUGCACAGCUCCACUGAGCUGACCGUGGAUGUGCCGGCUACCUGCUCUUUGGCAGCUGCGGGCUUUAAGGUGCACCCCAAGGUCGACCAGUCCGCAGUGUACGGACAAGUGUACAAAAACUUGUGUUCGGGCAAUUGCCUGGGAAUUUUCCCUGAAGGUGGAAGCCAUGACAGAACAGACCUGCUGCCCCUCAAAGCCGGCGUGGCAGUCAUAGCUUUGGAAGCGUUGCGACUUCACCAUAUCAACGUCCCCAUCGUUCCGGUGGGCCUGAACUAUUUUCGAGGACACCAGUUUGGUGGCAGAGUAGCCGCCUGCAUGAAUAUUAACUGGACCGAUGCGAAUCAUGGCUUUGGGCGUUUUCCCCACCAGGUCAUGGAGUUUGGAGAGGUCCACGCCAUGUACGAGACCAACCGCCGUGAGGCCACAGAAGAGGUCCUGAACCAGGUGGCCGCCGCCAUGCGGAGUGCACCGAGCUCAGGCCAAAGCUCCAGCUCCUGCGAGGAGUGGGAUUUUCACAUUCUAACUCUAGCACUUGGCUGCUCCCGGAGCGAGUCUGGUGCAGGCGUGGUCGUGGAGGCCGCACUGCUGCACAGAAGGCUCAGGCCCGUGGCCGAGGACCACCAGGCCGUGGUCGAGGCGGCAGAGGGCGAGCAGCUCCUGAGAAGGGCCGCGGACGUGCGGGCCGCGGCCGUGGGAAUGGGGGCCGUGGAGGGCGGCCCUCAAACCCAGGGAAAGGAAGAACCGCUGGAAGCGCUGGAAGAGGGCAGGGAGCAGGGCGAGCAGCAGCCCGUGGUGGACGAGGGCGGGGAGGGAACGGUGGAGUCUCCCAAACAGACAUUGUCAUUGCCGGUGCAGACUCGAGGACGUGGUGUGAGCAAAACCGUCUUUUCGCCAAAGACCCCGCUCGGCCGACCGAAGUUGCAAAAUCGUGGGCAGGAUGUCGAGGCUGGCGACAAGAACUCUCGCCUUGCCGCACUGGCUGCAUGGAAUGCGGCAGCUGAUGCGGAACGCCUUGAAGCAUCGAUGCGGCGGCGCCACUCGACAAAGCAGCGUGAAAUUCCAGCUUUAGGCCGCGCCAUCCGCGUUGCCGAGAAGAAUGCACCGCGGGGACACUAUGAUGCACCUCAGCAGCACCGAAGUCCAGUGGCUGGCAUCAUGGCUGUGACAAGUAUUGCUGUGAAAAUGGGAGAGACAGAGUCUCAGAGAGAGAAAGAGUACGUUGCUUCAGAAAGAGAGAGAAAGAGAGAGCCACCUUUGUGUUGUUUUACAGUGGGGAACUUGACAGGUAGAUACAGCAGCCCGUGGAACACCCACGUUGAGGAACCUCCCCAGUGGAAAGCCUUAAAACCCGUGGACUGCGGGUGCGCGCUCACGCGCAAGGGGGGGGGCGUCCGCCUUCCUCCUUUGCGGAAACGAGAGAGAGAGAGAGAGAGAGAGCACAAGCAGAUCCUCACGGCAAGAACAAGCAUGCACAGCAGAGCCAUCGCACACACUACUUUGGUCAGGAAUGCAGGCCUCUAUGCCUGCGAAACAUGGCCUCCCCAUCACAGAAUCCUUAAGGGGGCUAACUCGCAGCAGAUCCAGCAUUACAGAGACAUGCUACACAUAAAUAGGCGACCAGCAGAGGACUGGGCGACCUGGAACAGCAGGUCGCUACGGCAUGCCAGGCUGUACAUGCAUAGAGAGAAGCUGGGGAGAUGGUCCACUUACAUCCUGCACAGGAUUUGGAGUUUGUGGGGGCACAUGGCCAGAGGCGGAGAGGAAGUUGAAGCGAUGGUGGCAUGGAAGAAUCUAGCCUUUUGGAGGGGGGAACAGCAGAAGCCCAGAAGCCAACGUGUUUCUCAUGCAGCGAGAUUCAACCCUGAGGGGGAUGUUGAGAGGGCCCUCGAGGCCAUUGCAGGCACCAACUGGAUGGGGGUGGCACAAGACAGACACAGAUGGGGGGAACUAGCAAGCACCUUUGUGGCUCGUUUUGAUGUUCCAUGGGCGACAGGCAGACAAACAAGCAUCCGAGACAAUCUCACACCCAACAGCAAACACACACAACCAAAGGGGGAGCUCGCAGCAGAAUGA